GAAGGUUAGCAGCUUCUGAACCGGUUGAUUUCUGUGUCGGUUGUGAAGCGGUGAGCACGCACUUCCAUCCCGCUAACGGAAUCGGUAAGAAUCAUGUGGGCUGCUUUCACCGUCAUCGUCUUGGUGGCCGCCGUGCAGGGAUACCCGAGCGGUGCUCCAGAGUCCAGGUGCGACGACCCAAGGCCCAAGCACCCUGGUAGCGAAGAAAUAGCGGCGGAUAAGAUUACGCACUUGCAACUAAAGCAGAGUGCUAGGGACUUCAAGAAUGGCGAUGUCAUUGAAGUGACCCUGGUGUCGACCGGAGCGCCCUUCAAGGGGUUCCUUGUCAAGGCUUUUGUCGACAACGGAAACGAGGUCGGAGGACAGUUCUUGCCAGGCGAAGGAGUUAAGGUCAUCACCAAGUGUUCUGCCAUCACCCACAACAACAACAACCCGAAGCAGGAGGUCGUUCUCAAGUGGAAGGCCGACAUUGCCCAAGGCACGGUCCACUUCAAGGCGACAGUUGUGGAAAACGUCAAGAAAUACUACAUUGGCUUGGAAAGCCACUGACGUUAACGAAUGCCACCUCGUUACACUUUGUUACUUUGUUAUACUCGUUUUGCUUCAUGGAACACAAAAUAAAUACCCUUUCAUUUCACCUG